CAAUCAGGUACCUUCACGUGUGGUGGGGCAGGGAGGGAGGCAGAGGCGGGAACCAGAGACUCAUAGAUAAAGACUUAUCAGAGAGUCAUCUCUGCCCAGUCGCUCCCAGCCUCCGCCACAGGCAACACCGACCCUCUGUCAUCUCCCGUCUCACUACAAGCCGUCACGAGCACCAUGCCGGAAUACAAGCUGGUGUACUUCAACGGAAGGGGCCGCGCCGAGCUCACUCGCUGGAUCUUCGCCUACGGCGGUAUCCCCUACAUCGACGAGCGUUACGAGAAGGAAGAAUGGCCCGAAAAGAAGAAGACCAUCUCCGGGGGCAAGCUGCCAGUGCUGAUUGUUGACGGGAAGACACUGCCCCAGUCCCUGGCCAUCGCCCGCUUUGCCGCCAAGAAGGCGGGUAUCGUCCCCGACGACGACCUCGAGGCCGCCUACUGCGACGCUCUGGCGGACACACUCUUCGAACUCAUACCGGAGGCGUACAAGAUUCUGAUGUCAGAGAAGAGCGAGGAGGAGAAGAAGAAGCUGCUUAGGGAAGAGUUCUUCCCAGAUAAGGUCUACCCAAUCACAACUCGUCUUGAGAAGAGAUUCGAGGAGAAGCAGUGGUUUGUGGCAGAUAAGAUCACUUGGGCGGACCUAGCCAUCGGCAUGGUCAUAGGAGCUAUGCUGAGGGUCGACAGCGAGAGUUUCGACAAGUUCCCGGCGCUGGUGGCCCAUGUCAACAAAGUCCAAGAUCUUCCCAAAAUCAAAGAAUGGCUGGAAAAACGUCCAAAAACCAAAUUCUAGAAGCCUACUCCAUGAACGUCCAAAAACCAAAUUCUAGAAGCCUACUCUAUUGAACGUCCAGCAACCAACUCCCUCCCGGCAGUCUCCAGAACAAAUACACAAAAAUGAUUUUUUCGACAUUUAUUCCAAUAGGCAUUUUUUGAGAGCUGAUUUUAAGGUUAAAAGUCCUGCAGCCUACUGCUAUAAUGUUGUUCACUCGACGGCCACAGAGCACUGCUGACCAUUGGCACCAUUGCUCUAGAAGAAUGUCUAUCUAAUCCACCUCUUCUAUUUGUCUAAAUACUAGCACUAUAAAGUAAACAUUGACGCGAUAUUACCCGGAGUGGACCUCAAACACCAUCUACUAACUACUAUUUAUUUUGAUAUUAGCACUACAAGGUGAGCACUAAAGUGGUGUACUUACAUUUGAUCUUGAAAAUGACACCAGUAGAAUACCCGGAAAGUUGAGCCAGAAUUAGACUAUAGUCAAGAAAAUCAAUUACAUGCUAUGAAAUUGGUUUAAAAUGUGAAACCUAAACCAAAAUGAUAUACUAUACUGUAUUUGUGAUCAAAAAUAAACCACACUAAUAAAAGUUUUGUAUAAUAAAAAUGUUCAUUGUCUAACAACUUGAAUAUUAAAUUA